GAAGUCUCAUCGUCUUGCCCAGGCUCCCCCAGCUCUUGACCAUGGCAGUACCAACCUCACUUGCUCCCUCCACAUCAACUUGCCACUUUGUCUCAAUUCCAGCUACGACCUCGACUAUUGUCUACACGAGCGGUGAAGUUGGUCUCUUUCCGCAGACCACAUACACAGCAUUGACGACCUCGUUCAUAACGCUAUCGUCGGACCUGGUAGUAGAGUGCGAUCCCUUAUAUCCGGGCGAGACUUCCGUAUCGAUCGCGGAUCUGGGACAGACCUGCUCAUCGACAUGGCUCCCAGCGACAACUGAAUAUAUCACCUACACGUCGGGCCAACUCAACGUCUUCUUUCUGACCACGUACACUGCAGCUUCAACUGGCACCAUCGUUUCUGAACCCACAAAUUUUGUAACCUGCCAACCUUUGCCCGACUAUCAGAAUCAAGCCACCUGCCACGGAAUCUCCCCCUUGACUUGGACUUCACUCGUCAUCACAUUUGUCUCGGUUCAGCUUACAUGGUGGAUCUUCGAACUGCCGCUACUGUGGAAGGAGAACGCCGGCUGGAUGACCUUCUUCGAUGCGGUAUCCUGGGCCUGUGUGCGGUCGCAUUCUCCAGGUAGCGCAGCCGCUAUCGCAGUCAUGAAAGGCUCUGACGCAUCCGAAUUUGCUCGGAUAUACUAUCUUGGACUUAGACGGAAAACAGCGCCAGACGAAUGGAUAAAAUGGAAGUUGUACACCAGUAUUGGGGUAGAUUUGAUGAGCAUCACCGCUACAGUCAUAACAAUCUACCAGGCUUGCACGCUGCCGCAAUAUGAUCCAAGGCGCCACUUCGGCCUGAGUCUAUGGGUGUAUCCAACCCUCCCAGUUGCUUUGAUUGGCCUCUGCCUCCUUGCUGGGGAAAAGCUUGCCCCUCGUACGCAUCAUGCGAGCCGGCGUCUAUUUGCAUUUACAAUUUCUAUUCUAGGACUCACCGCAACCGCCGUUUCCCUCGUUCUCUGGAAAUUUGCCACGACUGAUGAGAACGGCACUUGGUGGAUUUCCCUGGUCUUCUACGUUUUAAUGAUCCUGCCGUUGUUAUUCCUUGCCAAUCUACUGCCUGGUUUCUUGUACGAGAUACUUUGGCCCGCCUGGUCCAAGGUUGGAUGGUUUUUUUGGUGCGUGGCCGCGUGGGUGGUUCGCGUUGGCGGGGUGAGCAUUGCAGCACUGGACCACUACAGUGGUGGUGAGCCGUAUUGCAAAUUUGCAGGACCUGGUUUUGCCAUUGUUUACAUGAUUUUGGGCGGCCUCGCCGCUGUUCUGGCUUGGGGGGGCAUAUUUUAUCAUGCUGGCCCUUAUUUAGGCCAGCCGAAAAUAGCUUCAAGAGGCGUACAAGGCUCCUAGAUGUAUUCCGGCCUGUUCUGGGUUUGCACUGGUACAGCUCAACAGCUCCAUUCAGGUAUAUAUUAAAGGAUAUAUACCUUAAUACUUAGGCUAUAAGUUAGCUAUUAUAGGUGUUUUCCUACGCUAGAGCCUAACUUUUUAUUCGAUAUAUUGCACCUGAAACUCCACUUUUAC